AUGUGGGGCUACAGAAUGGUGAUACCCACGACAUUAAGAAAGGACGUUCUACGUGAGCUGCAUAUAGGCCACUUUGGAGUCGUCAAGAUGAAAAGUCUCGCCCGGAGCUAUGUUUGGUGGCCCGGCAUUGAUGCUGAGAUCGAGAAAACGUGUCGGGAAUGCACCACCUGCGCUCUGGAAGCACCAGCCCCAGCCAAAUCUACACCACAAGCUUGGCCAUAUCUCGAAGAAGUUUGGAGUAGAUUGCAUAUGGAUUUCCUAGGACCCCUAAACGGCAUGACCUAUUUAGUAGUCGUAGAUUCAUCGUCCAAAUGGAUUGAAGUAAAACAAAUGACGAGAACGACGGCAGAUGACGUCAUCAGAGUUUUGAGGGAGAUGUUUGCUCGUUUCGGGCUACCCAAGAUGGUGGUAUCGGACAAUGGCCCGCCGUUCACGAGUGGAGAACUGGCUCAGUUCAUGCAAUUUAAUGGUAUAAAACAAACCUACUCCCCGGUGUAUCAUCCAUCUUCAAACGGAGCAGCGGAAGGUGCAGUAAAGCUAGUUAAAAAAACCAUUUUGAAGGCUUUACGGGAUAGGCAAGACGUGGACGCUGCGCUCCAGACAUAUUUACUGGCGUAUAGGAAUUCUAUUCACAGUAGCACGGGCGAGUCGCCGGCGAGGUUGCUGCAGCGACGAGGUCUGCGCACACGGAUGGACCUGCUGCGCGCUGACGCCGGCGCCUCUGCGCACGAGUGUGCGCGCGCCGCGCAGCUCCGACAGCGCGAAAACGCGGGGGGCGUCUCGAGGUCGUAUAGUGUAGGUGAUAAUGUUUGGGCUAGGAAUUUUAGCAAGGGGGAGAAAUGGGUUAGCGGUACGAUCACGGAACAAUUAGGUUCACGUAAUUAUUUGGUGCAAAGGGAAGACGGUCAAAUUAUGAAAAGACAUAUAGAUCAGUUACGCAAUAACUCACGCUUAGCUAUAACGGCGUGCCCAGCGGCGGACUACGACGAUAACCAUGAUAACUCGGAGCCGUGUGCGCCGCCGGAGCCCGCCUCUGUGCCGCCCGCCCCGAUACCUAAACGUGUGCCCGUGCCCGUAGAAAGAUAUGGCAAUCCCAUAUUAUAUUAA